CCCCAAUUUUGCAAAAUCCCCUGAACCUUCCCACGAAGGACCGGGAACCUGUGGCUCCUAUUCAUUCCUGAAUUUUGAGGCCGUGGUCGAUUCAUGCUGCGCAUACACACAGCCUUAAAAUAAUAAUUACAAUUAUCAAAGGCAAAAAAAAAAAAAAAAAGGAGCAAAAGCAGAAGAAACAACCCGUUCCGAGAUUCGUGGAUCCAUCUCCGCUCGAUCAUGGCGUCUCUGCUCAGCCCAUCAUCACCUGCCGUACCUCUGCAGAACAAGGUGAGCCAUUGCAAAGGUAAUGGCCUGUGCACGAGCGCACCACGAGCGGCAAUUCGACAUGGUGCGGUUCGAGGUGGCGGCAGAUGCCGUCUUGCGGUGAAAGCUCAAGCGACUGUUGAAGGGGCAAUGCUAACGAGAGAAGCAGAUGCGACGGCCAACAGAAAUGAUAUUGGUUUCCUCAGUGUUCAUCACGUAGGAAUCCUAUGUGAAAAUCUUGAAAGGUCGCUCGAUUUUUAUCAAAACCUUCUUGGUCUUGAGAUAAAUGAAGCACGUCCAGAUGACAAACUUCCCUAUCGUGGUGCGUGGUUGUGGGUGGGUUCUGAGAUGAUUCACCUGAUGGAGCUCCCAAAUCCAGACCCGUUGACCGGAAGACCCGAACAUGGGGGCCGAGACCGUCACACCUGCAUCUCUAUUAAGGAUGUGUCUAAGCUGAAGGCCGUACUUGAUAAAGCCGGCAUUCCUUACACGCUUAGCAAGUCAGGGAGGCCGGCGAUUUUCACAAGAGAUCCGGAUGCAAAUGCUCUCGAGUUUGUGCAACUUGAUUCAUGAGACAUGAUAUCAUACGUACCAGCAUUUCGAGAGUUCGUACUUUCGUUCCUUUGCAUCCGAUAUCUCUGCACUUACAGACACUCUUAUUCUGUAGUAUUGCAGUACCAUACACAGAUAUGUACAUAAUAUCGCUGAGCUUUAUGUGAUGAGCCUGGUUGGAGCGCCUUGGCCA